AUGGAGAUGAUGAUGGGUAUCUUUAGGCGGUUGACAGGACUUUUUUCAUCGGGGCCUGCUGUUCAAGAUUCAGCUCCUAAUAAGAGUUUGGAUGAGUCUCGGAGGAUGGAUGAUAGACCUACGGAAAAGAUGGAUGCCAAGUUCAUUGAGGCUGUAGGUUUAUUCGAUGAGCUUGACAAAAUGGUUAAUAAGUAUGGAAUGACGGUGUGGAAUUUGUACGGUGAUCACUUUCCAGAGCUUGAAAACAUUGUAUCAGACAAUGUCAUGUAUGCCAAAGUAGUGAAGUUGAUGGGAAACCGAACAAAUGCUGCCACUCUUGAUUUUAGUGAGAUCCUACCUGAAGAGGUUGAGACUCAAUUGAAAGAGGCAGCAGCGAUAUCCAUUGGAUGUGAGCUCAAUGAACUGGAUCUCAUCAAUAUCAAUGGGCUCUGUGACCAAGUGUUGUCUCUUUCCGAGUCUAGGGAUCAGCUCUAUGGUGACUUGAAAACCAAAAUGAACACCAUUGCCCCAAAUCUUACUGCUCUUGUUGGCGAUCUUGUUGGAGCACGACUCAUUGCUCAUGCUGGUGGCUCGCUGAACCUUGCUAAACAACCUGGAAGAACAAUUCAGAUAUACAGUGCAGAGAAGGCUUUCCACAGAGCUCGAAAGACAAAACAUGCUACACCCAAAUACCGGCGUAUCAUCUAUAAUUCUCCUUUGAUUAGUAAAGCUGCCCCUAGAUUCAAGGGAAAGAUGGCUAGAACUCUGUCAGCCAAGAUUGCAUUGGCCAUCAGAUAUGAUGUUUUGGGAGACGCUCAAGAUAACACCAUGGGUCUGCAGACUCUUACCAAGCUUGAAGCAAGGUUGAGAAGUCUCGAGGGUAGAGCGAUGCCUCGUCCUAUAGAGACCUACAAUCGAUCAGCUGAUGAGGUAGCUCCAAUGUUGUUCGAAAGCAAGAUAAAGAAGAAGAGAACUAAAAGAUCCCUAGUGGAAAAACAAGAGAAACCAUUCGAAACCGAGGACGAUUCACAAGGCCAGAACGACAUAAGGCAGAUUCAUAAAUCCAAUGAUGAAGAUGAUGCACAAGGCCAGAACGACACAAGGCAGAUGCCUAAAUCCAAUGAUGAAGAUGAAAUCUUUGCGACCUGA